AUGGGUGUCCUAGACAAGAUAGAAGCGAUCAAGGAUGAGAUGUCCAAGACGCAGAAGAACAAGGCGACAGAAUAUCAUCUGGGUCAGCUGAAGGCAAAACUCGCCAAAUACCGAGCCCAGUUGCUCGAGCCCGACAAGAAGGGCCCAAAGGGCGAAGGAUUCGAAGUGCUGAAGUCUGGAGACGCGCGUGUCUGUCUGAUCGGAUUCCCAUCAGUCGGAAAGUCGACCUUGUUGUCAAAAGUCACCAAGACGGAAUCCGUCGUGGGAGCUUACGAGUUUACGACGUUGACGGCUAUUCCCGGUGUGCUGGAGUAUGAAGGCGCUAGAAUACAGCUGCUUGAUCUGCCCGGUAUCGUACAGGAUGCCGCGAAGGGCCGAGGACGUGGUCGACAGGUCGUAUCAGUGGCAAAAACAGCAGAUGUGAUCAUCCUCAUGAUCGAUGCAACAAAAUCAGCAGAACAAAAGAAGAUGUUGGAGAUUGAGCUGGACGCGGUCGGGAUCAGACUGAAUGCGAGACCACCAGAUGUCGUGUUCAAGCAAAAGACAGCAGGAGGGAUCACGAUCAAUAAUACGGUCAAGAUGACGAAGACGGACGAGCGGACAAUACGAAGUAUCCUGCAAACUUACAAAAUACAUAAUUGCGAUGUGCUCAUCCGGGAGGAUGUGUCAGUGGACGAGUUUAUCGACGUCGUACUCGGAACGAGGCAAUACAUUCCUGCAUUAACAGUCAUCAAUAAGAUUGACGGUGUAUCGAUGGAGACGUUAGAUAGUAUGGCACGAGAAGGAGACGGGAGGACGGUGAUGAUCAGUUGCGAGCUGGGUUUAGGGCUGGACUGGCUAUUGGAAGCGAUCUGGAUGGAGCUCGGCUUGGUGAAAGUGUACACCAAGAAGCGCGGUGACCAGCCUGACCUGAGCGACCCAAUCUGUCUCCGACAAGGAGCAACUAUCGAAACGGUCUGCCAUGGUAUCCACCGGAGUCUAGCUUCGCACUUCAAAUAUGCACUCGUAUGGGGCAAGUCGAGCAAAUUCAAUCCGCAGCCGCAGAAAGUCGGAUUGACACAUUUGGUCAUGGAUGAGGAUGUUGUGUCGAUCUUUACCAAGUAG